AUGUAUAGUGGUUUUCAAGAACCACUCUAUAACCAACCUAUUGUUAUCGACAAUGGAUCUAGUGUAGUAAAAGCUGGAUUUAGUGGUGAGGAUAAGCCAAAAGUCUUCGAAUAUAAUAUUGCAGGUAAAUCUAAAUAUGAUAAGGUUAUGCAUAACGGGUUGGCUGAUGAGGCAUAUGUGGGGAAUAGAGCACAAAAACAUAGAGGGAUCUUAAAAUUAAGAAAACCAAUGGAUCGUGGUGUUAUAGAACAUUGGGAUGAUAUGGAAAUGUUAUGGUCUCAUAUUUUUGAAGAGUCUUUACACUUAAACUGGAAGUUGAAUGGAUUAGAAGAAUACCCAUUAUUGAUGACAGAAGCUCCCUUGAAUCAUAUUAAGAAUAGAAAGAUAAUGUGUGAAGUAUUAUUUGAGAAAUUUAAUUUUGAUGCUUUAUAUAUUACAAUACCAAGUGUCUUGUCACUGUAUGCCAGUGGACAGACGACAGGGUGCGUAGUUGAUUGUGGUGAAGGCUAUUGUUCUUCAACACCAGUCUAUGAAGGAUUUACAUUGAAAUCUGCUAUACGAAGAAUUGAUCUUGGUGGGAAAGAUCUCACAGAGCAGUUGCAAUUUUAUAUUAGGAAGACCAAUGGGAUUUCAUUAUUUACCAGCAGUGAACAAGAAAUUGUACGAACUAUCAAAGAGAAAGCAGGUUAUAUUGCAUUAGAUUAUAAAACGGAGGAAAUGGAAUAUGAAGAAGACCUUUCAGACUCCAAAAUGGCUGAAUUUGUAUUACCUGACGGACAAGUUGUAUCAAUUAAAAAGGGAAGGUAUAGAAUCCCGGAAAUAUUAUUUAAUCCAUCAAUCAUUCAUUCUGAGUAUGAGAGUAUAUCUACAAUAACAUCACAAUCAAUAAAUCUGGUAGAUAUGGAUCUUCGGCAAAAUCUAAGAUCAAAUAUUGUGUUAAGUGGUGGUAGUACAAUGUUUAAAGGGUUUGGAGAGCGGUUUAUAAGUGAAAUGCAUUAUUUAUCCAAGGAUCUAGAUUCAAAUAUUAGAAUUUUGGCACCACCAAAAAGAAAAUAUACUGCAUGGAUAGGUGGUUCAAUUUUUGCCAAUUCGUUUGCUUUCAAGAAAUUGUUAUUAGACAAGAGGUCGUGGAUUGAAGAUCCGGGUGUAAUCUCUACAAAAUUCCUAUGA